AUGAACCCAUUUACCUUGACUAUUGCUAGAGUGUAUCACCCCUUUUACAAUCGCGCCAUGCUGGGUGUCAGGUUGAGGGAUUUUCAAGCCGACAUGGUUAGCAAAUUCAAUGCUAGCGGUCUUAAGGGAGCUCAGUUAGUUUCGGAAAUAACAAUUUUCCGCCUGGGUAGCAUCCUCGGUUACAUCACGUUCUUCCAAGAGUGCAAUUUAACUCCUCCCGAGAGCCCUUCGGACCUCUCCUACCGUCUAAAGCCAUUCGCCGGCGAACUCAACCCUAACACUGAAUUUUAUGGAAUUAAAGGCUCUCCUAAUCUGGGUCGCCCCGUGAUCUACUUCAUAGCUGUCAUCGACAUUCUCACUCGGUACGGCAUGCGCAAGCGGACAGCGCAGACCUAUAAAACGGUCAAACAUGGCGCGGGCUCCGAGAUUACCACUGUCCGGCCGGAAGUAUACGGGCGCAGACUGCUGGAUUUCAUCGGAAACUGCAUUGAGUGA